AUGCUUAAACCACAAGCCAACGCCCAUCGAGACCUCGUCUCUCUAGACGGAGUCUGGAAUUUCACACUCGACCAAGAAUCCUGGAACCACUGGAUUCCAUCAACCCUCCAAGUCCCCGUCCCGGCAAGCUACAACGACAUUUUCAUCGACCCAGACAUCCGCAACCACGUCGGCUGGGUCUACUACCAGCGCAGCUUUACCGUCCCUUCAACAUGGUCUGAACAGCGAUAUUUCCUUCGCUUCGACGCCGCAACUCACAAAGGCCGUGUUUACAUAAACAGUCAGUUUGUUGCUGAACAUGUAGGCGGUUAUACCCCGUUCGAAGUUGAUCUUACGGAUAUCGUUCAACCAGGAUGCAAGGUCAGGCUUACUGUCGGUGUAAAUAAUGAGCUGGAUUGGCAUACCAUUCCGCCUGGUAGAAUUGAGACGCUGGACAAUGGGAAAAAGAAACAGCAUUACCAGCAUGACUUUUUUAAUUAUGCUGGUCUUGCAAGAUCGGUUUGGCUGCAUAGCGUGCCGAGGGUCUUCAUUAAUGAUGUUACUGUUGUAACGAGGGUGGACGAAAAGACUACUUUUGUGGACUUUGAAAUCUCAACCAGUUCAUCUUUACAAGGUCAUUCGCUCAAUGUUACCUUGGUCGACGAAGAGAAUGUCGAUGUUACACACUCGUCUGGAACAAAGGGGUCGUUAACUGUCACAUCCCCUCAUCUUUGGCAACCAGGAGCGGCAUAUCUUUACCAGCUCAAGGCCGAAAUCAUCAGUCCCGGUGGCUCUGUCGUCGAUACUUAUGAGCUACCCGUCGGAAUUCGCACCGUCAAAGUAUCUGGCAACAAAUUCCUCAUUAACGGGAAACCAUUUUACUUUACUGGCUUCGGCAAACACGAAGACACACCCAUCCGCGGCAAAGGUCACGAUCCAGCAUACAUGAUCCACGACUUUCAACUGAUGAAGUGGAUGGGGGCCAAUUCAUUCCGAACAUCUCACUAUCCCUACGCUGAGGAGGUGCUCGAGUAUGCAGAUCGACAUGGAAUUGUGGUCAUCAAUGAGACUGCGGCUGUCGGUCUCAAUCUUACUAUCGUCGCUGGAUUGUUUGGACAGAAGCCUACGCCUACUUUUUCGCCCGACACAAUGAAUGAUGAUACGCAGAAGGCGCAUGAGCAGGCUAUUCGUGAGCUUGUUGCACGGGAUAAGAAUCAUCCUUGCGUUGUGAUGUGGACGAUUGCGAAUGAACCAGCUGCUAGUGAACCUGGUGUACGCGAGUACAUGGAGCCUCUGGUCACUCUAACAAAGGAACUAGAUCCCACACGUCCAGUGUGUUUUGCCAACGAAAACCAAGCCAACAUCCACACCGAUCUAAUCGCAGAUCUUUUCGACGUAAUCUGCCUCAACAGAUACUACGGCUGGUACCUCCACACAGGGGACCUAGAAGCAGCAGAAAAGGGGCUAGAAGAUUGUCUCCUGAGCUGGGCAGGCAAGUACGACAAGCCCAUCAUAAUGACAGAAUACGGAGCCGACACGAUGGCUGGUUUGCAUACGGUUGGAGAUGUUCCCUGGAGUGAAGAGUAUCAGAGCAGGGUGCUGGAAAUGUCGCACCGGGUGUUUGAUAGGGUGGACAGUGUUGUUGGAGAGCAUGUUUGGAAUUUUGCUGAUUUUCAGACACCUUCGACGUUCAUUUUUAGGGUUGAUGGGAAUAAGAAGGGGGUUUUUACGAGGGAUCGGAGACCGAAGGGGGCUGUGCAGGUGCUGAAGAGGAGAUGGACUGAGAUGGUGAAAACACCAUCUGGAGAGUAG